CUAUUUUAAGGUUAUUUUGGGGAUUUUAGGUGUGGUCUUUUUAAAUUAAUUUAAUAGAGUCAAAGGGUAAUUUGGGUAUUCGAUUAAAUCUUUAACUAAUGAGAGAGAUGAGAGAGAGGUUUAAAAAGUGAUCAUCUUCUCUCUAAAAAAGAGACGUCGAAGCAUUAUCAAAGCUUAAACACUAAGCAGAGAUAUAAUUUCAAAACUCUCUCUCUACUUUCCCAACUUCCUCUUUCUCGUCGCUAAACCCAAACAGUUUAGUUAACUGGUCGUGUAAUAGAAGAGUUGCUGUAAUCAUGAGCUGCUUUGGUUGGUGUGGGAAUGAUGAUGGUUUCCGUAAUGGUGAUGAUACUCGACCAAUGCCAAGCCACAUCCCUGCAGGUGACAGUGGAAGCCACUAUCUAAGAUCUGAUCCACCCAUGAAUCAGCCCGUUGUUCAGAUGGAGCCUAUUGCUGUACCAGCCAUCCCAGCUGAUGAACUGAGUGAUGUAACCGAUAACUAUGGUUCCAAGGCCUUGGUGGGUGAGGGCUCUUAUGGAAGGGUGUUUCACGGUGUUCUUAAAAGCGGUAUCACAUCUGCCAUCAAGAAACUUGAUUCUAGCAAGCAGCCUGACCAAGAAUUUCUUUCCCAGAUAUCAAUGGUUUCGAGAUUGCGACACGAAAAUGUUAUUGCGCUUGUGGGUUAUUGUGUUGAUGGACCUCUCCGUGUUCUUGCUUAUGAGUAUGCUCCUAACGGAUCUCUUCAUGAUGUUCUUCAUGGCCGAAAAGGCGUGAAAGGAGCGCUGCGAGGUCCUGUUAUGACGUGGCAUCAGAGAGUCAAGAUCGCUGUUGGUGCAGCCAGAGGGCUUGAGUACUUGCACGAGAAGGUCAACCCUCAGGUUAUCCACCGAGACAUCAAAUCCAGCAACGUGCUUCUCUUUGAUGACGAUGUUGCCAAGAUUGGUGACUUCGAUCUCUCUAAUCAAGCGCCUGACAUGGCUGCUCGACUUCACUCUACUCGUGUACUAGGAACCUUUGGCUAUCACGCUCCUGAGUAUGCAAUGACGGGAACAUUGAGCACAAAGAGCGACGUCUACAGUUUUGGCGUUGUUCUGCUAGAGCUCCUUACUGGUCGUAAACCAGUCGACCAUACCUUACCUCGUGGACAACAAAGUCUAGUGACUUGGGCAACCCCUAAACUGAGCGAAGACAAGGUGAAGCUAUGUGUUGAUGCAAGACUACUUGGAGAGUACCCCUCUAAAGCUGUUGCCAAGCUAGCUGCGGUGGCUGCACUGUGCGUGCAAUAUGAGGCAAAUUUUAGACCAAACAUGAGCAUUGUGGUGAAGGCACUUCAACCUCUUCUGAACCCUCCUCGUUCUACUCCACAUAGGAACCCUUAUUGAUCAUCAGAUAUCCAAACCACAUCUCAGCUGCUGCUUUAUAAUGAUUAAUCAACUGUGUAUUUGUUUUUGCAUUCAAGCCCCACUUUUGAAUAGCAGUGUAUGUAUUUCUCUAUAUUAUCUGUUUUCUGUUAUGUAAUUUGAGGUGGAGAGAAAAUACCAAAUUAUAUUUUGUUUAUUGUUAACCUAAUAAUGAUUUCAGAAACCUCA